CCUUUCCUCCCUUCUCUCUCGCUCUCAAGCUCUCUCCUUAAUCCCACUCUCACUUUCUGCUUCUCCACUGGUCGACUUUACUCAGUCCCGCUCUUCUCAAGCUCGAUUACAGAGUUCAUCGGGAGAAAAACCCGUAAAGGAAGAGAAAGAAAAACAGAGCACUCUGCUUUUUCGUCCAGUUUGCUCACCCCAUUCUGUUUAGGUUCUAAUUCAGUCUCAUUCAAGGUAAAUCGAGUUUUCUUAUUGUUACAGAGAUGACGAACCAAAAUGUUGUAGUGCCGGACACGAAAUCGGGGAUCAGCUUGCCAAUGGUCCGUCUUUCGGGCUCGUCGAUCUUCCCGGCGACGGCGCAGAAGCCGCCGACGGCUCCUGGCACCGGCGGCGGGGGCUGCAUCUCCCUGUCGGCCAAGAAGAAGCUCCUGCUAGAGAAUCUGGAAAUCAAUGGCGGCGGCGGAGCCGCCAAAAUUAACUCCUGGGUUGACUCCAUGAGAGCUUCCUCGCCGACCCACAUGAAAUCGAGCUCCCAAUCUCUCUCGGAAGAUCAGCAACUCCCAUGGCAGCAGCACCAGCAGCAGAUUACUCUGCCGUCGGCGUUGGACAAUUUCGACCAGAUAAUGGAAGCUUCUAGAGGGAAGCAGAUCGUCAUGUUCCUCGACUACGAUGGCACACUCUCCCCCAUUGUCGACGACCCCGAUCGUGCUUUCAUGUCCAAAAAGAUGAGGACGACUGUUAGAAGGCUGGCGACCUGUUUCCCCACCGCCAUAGUGAGCGGAAGAUGCAGAGACAAGGUGUACAAAUUUGUCAGGCUAGCCGAACUUUACUACGCCGGAAGCCACGGGAUGGACAUUAAGGGUCCGGAGAAAGGCUCCAAGUACACUAAAGUAAGCGACUUCAAUCUACUUCACUUGGGAACUCAGGGGACAGAGCCGGUGAUAUGCCAGCCGGCGAGCGAGUUCCUGCCCAUGAUCGACGAGGUGUUCAAGGAGCUGGUGGCGAAAACGAAAUUGACCCCCGGAGCCAAAGUUGAGAACAACAAGUUCUGCGUCUCGGUUCACUUCCGGUGCGUGGAGGAGAAGAAAUGGAGUGAAGUGGCGGAGGCCGUUAAGUCCGUUUUGAACAAGUAUCCCAAACUCCGUCUCUCUCAAGGAAGAAAGGUACUGGAAAUCCGACCCACGAUUAAGUGGGAUAAAGGCAAGGCUCUGGAAUUUUUGUUGGAGUCUCUUGGAUUCGCUAAUUGUACCGAUGUUUUUCCUAUCUACAUCGGAGAUGAUCGAACCGACGAGGAUGCAUUCAAGGUAUUGAAAGAGAGAGAGCAAGGAUUUGGGAUUCUUGUGUCCAAAGUUGCAAAGGACACUAAUGCUUCUUAUUCCCUCCAGGAACCAACACAGGUUAUGGACUUCUUGCAACGAUUGGUAGACUGGAAAAAGCUGGCUUUCCAGGAGUCCAGGAUGUAGGUUCAUUGAUCAGUGGGGGGGAUUGGAUUUGGAUGGAGUUUUUAAUUGUAUCAAUUAGCAUCUACUCUUAGUUAAUUAAGUUGUAUAAUUACGACAAAAAAUGGAAAAAAAAUUGUACAUCCCUGGUACCCUGGACCCUUUUGACAGGGUAAAAGAGAAAUGUAACUAAGGGUGGGAGAAUAUUAGGUUUUUUUAUUUGUUUCUAAUUUCUCCCUUAAGUUCCUUUUUGUUAGAGGGGAAGUUGGACUAAAUCCAUGUAAUUAAGGGAGAAAUUAACAGGAGGGAAGAGGGUUUAACCAUUUUGGGGUUUUACUCUUUGCCUUUUGGUUUAGUAAAUGGCUCUUUUCUUGUACAUCUUUUGUAAACUAGGCACUUGUUUGUUUGUGGUUACACAUGAAUGGGGAAAAGCAAGACUUUUUAC